AUGCACGGAUCAAUAAACUUUCUCGAGAUGUGCAAUGGUUCUUGCAGUUAUCAGGCUGAUUUUGCGGACUAUGACCUAUGCUUCGGGUUCUCGUCUCGGGAAGAGGCUCUGCGCGACGGUCUUCGCUCCGGCGGCGGAUGUCGUCGAAUGCUCUGUUUCUUCUCGGACGGCGGCGUCAAGGAAGCGAAUGAUCUACCAAAAACUGUCAAAGCUUCCUGUGACGGGAGGGACAGUGGCACAGACGUUGAAUCAGUUCGUCAUGGAGGGUAUAACGUUCAGAAAAAGAAGAACUCUUUCGCAAAUUCCGUCGACAUCAACACGCCCUUGAGUUUGUAUGCUGGAAUCUCGAAAGCUGCCGAGGUUAAUCGAGUUUGGGAAUCGCUGAAGAAGUCUCGUCCUGAGGUCAACAAUAUGAGCUAUCUUGUUAUGUUACAAGCGCCGAGUAAUCUCGGUGACAUGGAUGGGAUCAAGAAGAUUUUCUCAGAGUGGGAAUCGAACUACCAGGUUUACGAGUGGGAAUCGAACAUCGCCAUCAACACGUAUCUAAAAGGAGACAUGUAUCUAGAAGCAGAGAGGAUUCUAGACGGUGCCAUGAAAACAUGUAAGGGACCUUUCUCCAAAGCGAGGCAGCUUCUGAUGAUCUAUCUUUUGGAGAAUGGUAGAGUGGAUUCGGCUAUGAAUCAUUUGGAAGCAGCGGUUUCUGAUUCCGCAGAGAACAAAGACGACUGGUGCUGGAGCUCUGAGCUAGCCAGCUUGUUUUUUCUUCACUUCGAGAAAGCUAAAGAUGUUGAUGGAGCUGAAGAAUUCUGCAAGAUCCUGUCGAAUUUGAGACCUCUUGACUCUGAAACUGUGACGUUUCUUUUAAAGACUUAUGCAGCAGCAGAGAAAACUUGUCCUGAUAUGCAUGAGAGAUUGUUUCGACAGCAGAUCCAAACUUCGUUGUUCUAA